AUGGGGAAGCUUUCCGUGGAUGUCCCGGAUUGUAUGACGGGGGAUGGAAAGCGAUCCGGGGUGGAAGGCCUCUACGGACCAUGGCUAGUGACAAACCGAAUCGGUCCGUUCUCGAGGGCUUCCCGGAAGAAGGAGGCGCCGGGUAGCGGUGCGAGGAAGAAGCCGGUAAUCUCCCCUCCGAGUCCCGGUCUGACGGGAGACACUCAGGCAACGGCGGCCUCUCCGGUGGACCUUGAUGGUUGGCAGAAACCGUCUAAGGUGGCCCGCCGGAGAACGCCGGAGAAGGACGUUUCGGCGGCGAGCGCGGGCGUGACGAUGGGGGAAACGAGCCAACUCGGCUCGCGAUCCAAGUUGGAAGCUGAGUCAGGGGCAGGGUCUGACUCGAGCCGGGCUGCACCUUAUCAGGGCCGGAGUGAGGUGAGGCCCAGCUCUAGUGAUGGGCUUCGCCGAGGUGGGCCGGGCCUGAGCCCGUUGAAGCGGUCCAGGAGCCCGACGAGGAUUCAAUCCGGGGAGGGCUCGAUUGGUGGCCCUUUGAGGCCGAAAGGAGGGAAGAUGCCCUCCUUUGCGAAGGGCGGACGUCCGGUGCUCCGUCGGAGGAGCAAGAGCUCGCCACCGCCCCUCGCGCCGGUGCAUGGGCGACCUCCUCGGGCAGAGCAUCCGGUUGUGCCGGGUGGAGGCUCUUCACGGCAUGGGGUGGAGGAACCCCACGGACGACGGUUGCUCCGAGCUCUCUCGGUGGCGGCGGGACUGUCGGAGCAAGCCCCGGCGGCGACACUCGGGCCGAGUCCGGUGGAGGCGGCGGCGCGACGGGUCGAUGGGGAUGGUGGAUUCGACGCCGGUCGGGAGAAGGAGGUAAGCUCUUCAUCCCCUGAUUCCAUUUCGUGCCAUAUGGCACGGUUGAAUAGUCCCAGUCCCAUUGUGCUAAACAAGGGGAAGGGGAAAUUGGUUGACUCGAUGGAGGAGAACAAUCCGGAUGACGGUGGGAGGGAGCUUGGGGAGUCUGUGGCUUGUGGCACGGGCUCUAUGGGCACUGUGGACCAUAUGGCACAAGGGAAUAGUGGAGGGCAGCAUCUUCAAAUUUUUCUCCAAAUGAUGGCUUCGGCGAAGGGAGUGAAUAGGGAAUCUCAAGGUAUUGAAGAGCGUAUGGUAGUGGACACAGGUGGCAGCAUCAGCACGGGAGAUGCGGGCUGUGCGGUCUCAUCCGGUGAUUUAUGA